GGUCUCCUGGGGUUGGCAGAAAGAAAAAGAAAAAAAAGAGAGAAAAGGAAAAAAAGAUCGAGCCACCGUCUCCCACACUCCUGACCCUUCUCUCCCCCCAAAUCGAUCGUCGUGGGGAGCAGUCGCACGCGGUGAGGCCGGCGCCACUCCCAGACCCCCUCCCCCCCACCCCCCGACUCCAAAACCCCCCACUCCCCUGCGAAUCCCCCGCCAGAAAUCCCGAGCCAUGGCCGCCGCCGCCGUCCGGAGAAACGUCGCUUCCUCGCCCGCCGGAGCCGGCCGUGUUCGCCAAGCCUCGAUGGUGUAGGGAGAGGUGCUGGAGAGGGGGCAGGUGAGUGGGAGGGCGAAUGGGGGCGAUUGGAGGCGACGAGUCCGUGCAGUGGGAUAAGAUGAAUGGAGCUGAGGUGGUGAACGGCGGUGGAAGCGGCGCAGGAAGCCUGGAUAGGAUACAGGUGUUAGUGAGGGUGAGGCCGCUGAGUGACAAGGAGAUUGCAAGGGGUGAGCCUGCGGAGUGGGAGUGCAUCAAUGACACCACCAUCAUGUUCCGGAGUACCUUCCCUGAUCGACCCACGGCUCCAACCGCAUACACAUUUGACAGGGUAUUUCAUUCCGAGUGCAGUACGAAAGAAGUCUACCAGGAAGGGGUUAAGGAAGUUGCCCUCUCUGUAGUUGGUGGCAUUAACUCAAGUGUUUUUGCGUACGGGCAAACAAGUAGUGGGAAGACAUUCACUAUGACUGGAGUGACAGAAUGCACAGUAGCAGAUAUAUACGAUUAUAUUAACAAGCAUGAGGAAAGAGCAUUUGUGUUGAAAUUCUCAGCAAUUGAAAUAUACAAUGAAGUUGUUAGGGAUCUUCUGAGUGCAGAAAAUACUCCUCUUAGACUUUGGGAUGAUGCAGAGAAAGGCACCUACGUGGAGAAUCUUACGGAGGUUAUAUUAAGGGAUUGGAACCACCUCAAGGGACUUAUUUCUGUUUGCGAAGCUCAAAGGAAAACCGGGGAGACCUUCUUAAAUGAAAAAAGCUCCAGAUCCCAUCAAAUACUUAAAUUGACUGUUGAAAGUUCUGCUCGUGAAUUCUUAGGAAAGGACAAGUCAACCACCCUUGUGGCUAGUGUGAACUUUGUUGAUCUGGCAGGAAGUGAGCGUGCAUCUCAGGCUAUGUCAGCUGGCACAAGGCUGAAAGAAGGUUGCCACAUCAAUAAAAGUUUGCUUUCCCUUGGCACCGUCAUUAGGAAGCUAAGCAUGGGGAGUAAUGCACACGUACCGUAUAGAGAUUCCAAGCUUACACGCAUAUUACAACCUUCUUUGGGAGGCAAUGCAAGAACCGCGAUUAUUUGUACACUCAGCCCUGCAACAAGUCACAUUGAGCAAUCAAGGAAUACACUGUUUUUCGGGAGUUGUGCAAAGGACGUAGUUACAAAUGCUCAGGUUAAUGUGGUCAUGUCUGAUAAAACACUAGUUAAGCAUUUGCAAAAGGAAGUUGCUAGACUGGAGAGUGAGUUGCGGCAGCCAGUUUCGAACUCUAGUCUGGAAGCACAGGUGAAGGAAAAGGACAACCAAAUCAGAAAGAUGGAGAAAGAAAUAAAAGAACUGAAGUCGCAACGUGAUUUGGCUCAGUCCAGGUUGCAGGAUUUGCUGCAGGUUGUUGGUGAUCGUGACCCAAAGCACCAGGUCUCAGGAAAGCGUUCAAUCAGAAGUCCCCCGUCUGUUGGAAUGCCCCCAAGCGCUAGCAGAGAUGACAGUUCUCAGAUCUCUCAUGAUGAUUCAGAUCAUUACAAGGAAGUGCGAUGUAUUGAGCCAAAUGAAACGAGAGGAAAUGAACGUUUGUCUUUGUCAGCUGGUGAAAGUACCAGCCCACGAGCUUCAAAUAGGAAUUCUAGCAUGCGUGGUAAUGAUUCAACAGCUUCAGUGAAUUCAAGGAGUCUUGGUGAAACUCCUAUUACCUUGGAGCAACAUUUGGAGAACAUCAGAAGGCCUUUUAUCACUAAAGAUCUAGGAUCUUCAACACGUAACCCAUCAAGUUGUAGAGUAAUUGGUAGAAGCAGGAGCUGUAGAUCACUAACAGGGUCUACUUUACUUGAUGAGAUGGAGAUGGAGGAUUGCACACCAGUAAACAGAAGUUUGGUAAUCUUCCCAGGAAGACCUGAAGAGUACCAGAGAAGAGGAUCUGCAUUAAACUACGAUGCAGGGAGUGAGACUCUUUCAAGGGCAGGAUCUGAAAUUAGCACUUCAAAGGGAGCUAGCAAGACAGGUGAUGCAGAAUUUACUGGUAUAGGUGAAUUUGUUGCUGAACUUAAGGAGAUGGCUCAGGUUCAUUAUCAGAAACAGGUAGGUGACAAGAGUGCAAAUGGGAAGAGCAUCGGAUUAGACCCAAUCAUGGAUGGUUUGCAAUCACCUUCGCGAUGGCCAUUGGAAUUCGAGAAGAAACAGCAGGAGAUCAUUGAGCUUUGGCAUGCUUGCAGCAUUUCCUUGGUCCACAGGACAUACUUUUUCCUGCUGUUCAAAGGAGAAUCUGCCGACUCGAUUUACAUGGAAGUGGAGCUUCGAAGGCUAUCGUUCCUCAGAGACACCUACUCCAGGGGAAGCACCCCCAGCAAUGUGACCGUAGGCAGCCUCAGCUCUUCCCCCGUCGCGAGCGCCAAGAAGCUGCAGCGCGAGAGGGAGAUGCUGGCGAGGCAGAUGCAGAAGCGGCUGUCCGUGGAGGAGAGGAACCACAUGUACACCAAAUGGAGCGUGUCGCUGGACUCCAAGAAGAGGAAGCUGCAGGUGGCUCGCCGGCUGUGGACAGAGAGCAGGGACCUGGAGCACGUGAGGGAGAGCGCGUCCUUGGUGGCCAAGCUGAUCGGGCUCCAGGAGCCCGGGCAGGUCCUGAGGGAGAUGUUCGGGCUCAGCUUCGCGCCGCAGCAGCCCCCCGCCCGGCGGUCCUCCAACGGCUGGAGAUACGGGAUCCCCUCGUUUGGCUGAUUGAUUGGGCCCCUGACGACAAGAGGCAAGAAGAUGACAGGAUGAUGCGGCUGACCAAAAGAUCUUUUUUUUUCUCUGGUGGUUUUGUAUCUUGGGGUGUUGCCUGUUCUGAUUUUCCAUAGGGUAUCAGGACACGCGCAUGCGGGGGGUUUGAUCUUGGUGCAUGCCCUUUGCGUGUAGGACGACCGGUUUGGUGCGCGGUUCCUGAGCAGGCGCCGCCGGUCUGAUUGCUAACAUUAUUAACGUAUCACUGCGUAUCCAGAGACACGCUCUUUUGUUAACGUGUUGUUGCAGUUCC